AUGGCUACGACAGGUGAAUCGCAAGUCAGCCAUGACACAGCCGACGUGAAACCAGAUGCCGAAGACUACGAGUCCAAGCAUGUACAUGAGGUGUAUCAGCAGAUUGCCAGCCACUUUUCCGAGACGAGAUACAAGCCAUGGCCAAUCGUCGAACGGUUCCUUCUCGAGCAAAAGCCAGGCUCGAUUGGCCUUGAUAUCGGCUGCGGUAAUGGAAAGUACUUGAAAGUCAAUCAAAACGUCUUCAUCAUUGCGUCUGACAGAUCCGAUGCGCUUGUCCAAAUCGCGACGCGACACCAACCGCAUUCCACUGUCGUCGCAGACAUUCUCAGCCUGCCUCAUCCCGAGUCCUACUUUGACUUUGCUAUAUCAAUCGCAGUGGUACAUCACCUGUCGACGCCAGAGCGACGGAUACAAGCUGUUUCGGCUAUUCUGCAGACAUUAAUACCAGCAACAGACAAUGACACCGACCACAAAGCCAACACUGGCGGAAAAGCGCUAAUCUACGUGUGGGCUUUAGAACAAAAAGCCAGUCGCAGAGGCUGGGACAAAGGUCAUGAACAGGAUGUGAUGGUUCCUUGGGUUUUGCGCAACAAGCCGGCUGUUGCUAUGAAGAAUAAAUAUGGACAAGAAGAAUCGAAAGACCAAAACAAGCCACCAGAACAGGACAAAGUAUUCCACCGAUUUUAUCAUCUAUAUGAGGAAAACGAGCUCGAAAGAAAUAUCCGUGCCGCAGGUGGUGUUGUCAUCGAAUCUGGAUAUGAGAAGGACAAUUGGUGGGCGAUUGCUUCGAGAGCAGCUCCCUCUCCGACAAAUCAACAAGCUGGUGGCAGCUGA